GUGAUCCACAGCGAAGAAUCUCAAGACUGGAUCUUGAAGAUCAAAUACGCUCAAGUUCGGGACUCAGGCAACUACGAGUGUCAAAUUUCGACGAAACCUGUGAGAUCGUACGUCGUACAUCUCAGCGUUUUCGAACCGCAGGCAGAGAUCAUUGGUGCCCCAGACAUGCACGUAGACAGCGGAUCCACCAUCAAUCUAACGUGUGUCAUCGCUCACAGUCCUGAACCUCCAGCCUAUAUAUUCUGGUACCACGAUGAUCAG